UCGGAAUGUCCUGGGUUCCAAGCCAGUUGGGCAUCAAACGCACCAAAACCUGACUUUUUUUUCCUGACACAUUAGGAUGUGUCAAGCAUGUCUGGUAAAGAGGGCACCACUUACUUGUGCCUUAAGCCCACUUAAGUUCCAGUGUCCAAAUAACUGAGCCCCCAGUAUACUUCUCUAUAACACAGUUUUACACAUGAAGAAACAGGUUCCAAGGUGGUUGAUUGGGCAAGUGUGUGGAGCUCUGUGCUAAUCCCCUAGACUCUACCUGUGUCCCCUUUCCCUCUCUGUAUUUUGCUUAAUAUUUCUCCAUUUUAGCAAACCAUCCAUUUGAGUAUGUGCUGUGUCCAGUCCCUAGAGAAUUAAAAAACUGCAGAUGCUCUUGAGACAUUUCAGCACAGGCCAACACAUAGACAGACAAAUAGACAGACAGACAGACACAGAGAUGCAUAUACAGACACACAGACAGACACACAUAUAUAUACACACAUGCAUGCAUACAUACAUAUGGACAUACAUACAUAUAUGCAAUCCCUAGAGAAGUCUGGUCAUAAGACUUACUAGACAGAAGCUGUAUCAGCAAAUGAGAUCGCAUUCACAGAAUUAGGUUAACUCUUUGAAGUCUAAGUCAUGGAAAGCAUUUCCCUGCAUCCUUUCCAUGCACAGUUCUAAGGAGGGGCCUGACUGGCAGAGAGAGAAUACAGAAAAGACAAACACAGAUACACACAGAUAUGGGGGGACUGAGUGGUCUGAGCUCUGGGCUGAAGGAACUGUGGCACCUGGGGAGCUUUUACAAGUUUCCUCGGAAGUGUUUGCAAUUUAUAGUUAACAGGGAGGAGGAGCUCAGGGCUGGCAAGGAGGCAGGGUUAUUACCUAUAAAAAAGGGAACAGAGUUUAUGGUUUACAAGUGAACAAGGAGGCAGGUGUAGCUGGGCUUGAUUGGCAUAGUCUCUGUAGGGGACAGUCUUCAGGCCAUACACAUCCAGAGUGGAAAGUGAUGGCGGACAGACUGCACAGUCUCAACACUUGCUCUUGGUGCCCCCAGGAAGGUUUUGCUAUGCCUCUGAAUCUCACCUCAGGGGAAAUGUGCAAAUGCGUUCUUCCAUGGGUCUGGGGUUCUGGAGUCUUUGACGUGGCCACUUCAUGCCAACACACUUGUUCACUCAGGACUGUGCUUGCUAGGGACCGUCUCUGUUUCCCCACAUUCAGGAAAUAGGAUAAUAAGAGGUAUAAAACAUUACAAAGGAGCUUUUGGUAGGGUCUUUGCUCACUAGAACAAGCAACUAUAUUGCUUAGACAAACAGAAAGCUGUUCACUUCCAGUUUUGGAGGACAGACAUGUCCAUGUCUGCUUAAAGACAGAGCUGUCUGUGCCUGAAUGUUCCAGAUUUCUGAAGCUAUAGACAUGUGUCUCUGUCUGCCUCCUCAUAGCUCUUGAUGAAGUCCCUGGCUGACCUUGGCUUCCAGGUCCUGGUGGAGAUGACUCCUUGUGAGGAGGAGGACCUGUCUAUUAUGAAGGUAAAACUCUGAACGAAGGCUGAUGUUACUCAAGCACAAAUACACACAGCAGCAUAUGCGGACGCUACUGGAAGCAGAAGCUGGCCACUGUGCUCAGCCUCCAGGUGAAAGUUCCUCUGGAAUAAGGCCUGGCCACAGCCAGCAAUGUCGCCAAAUUCUGGUGGGAAUCUGAGACGGAAGUGUGAACACGCAGGUUGUUCCUGGUGCAGAGGAAACAGUGUCACAGUCUCCUGAGCUGCUGCCCUGAGACUGGCCAGGCCUGUUCAUCAAACCUACAUCUGCUACAUGCACCUCACAGCUGGGAUUCCAGCUUGAUAGAUAGGCCACUGAAGAAACAAACUGAGAGGUGAAUGUUUCAACUCCCCUGUCCCACUCCAUGGCUUGCAAUGAUUGCCUCUGUUUGGUUGAAGGCUCCCGAGUCCUGAGAGUCCAGAGCAGGAAAGAGCAGAGAGACCUUCUGUACUCACUACUACGUUAGUCUGUUGUCUCUGGUAUAACAAAAUGCCUCCUGCGGGGACUCAUAAACUAGAGGGAAAUUUACGUCAUGAUCUGGGGGUUCAAGAGCACACUGUGGACAUGCGCUUAGAUUUCAUGACGACUCACUGGUCACUACAACGUACUGGUGAGAAUUCAUAUAAGGGACAUUGUACAGUAAUAAAGCUAGCUCACAGGAUUGAGAGACCUGGUUUGCUCCUUUUAUGUAAUGAUGCUAACCAAGGUCUGAGAAAGCGACAUUAAACCCCUCCUAAGGCAGUGUCUCCAGUAACCCAAUUACCUCCCAAUAAGCUCUCCAUUGCCACACACUGGGGUCUACACCUCCAGCCUCUGAACCUUGCUGGUCAAAGCACACCCAGACCACAGCAAACACUAUGACCUCAACAGGCAUGGAAGGAACAGGCUGGGCUCUCUCCACUAACACUCUUUCUGAUGUUUCUAUCUCCGAAGAUUGGCGUGUGCACAGACCGUGGAACUGGAGUGAUGAGUGAGGAGGUUCUUCAGGUUACCCCAUCAUGGUCACUGUACUGGUACAUCCAGAAGUAUGUGUCAUGGAUUCUGAGGAUUAGGAAAGAGAGAACAGAAAUUGGUUGCUGCAUCCCAGAUGAAGAUGUUCCUCCAAGGACGAGACAUUUUGCCAACGGAACACAUAUCCGCCUAUGGCCGCCCAGCAGGGUGAAACUCACAGAUCCCAAUGAUGUUUCCAACAGGGUCAUCAUGGAGGUGGUCCCCUGUGUCAGCUCUGAAGAAGAAGACGAAGAGUCUGAUGGGAAGGUGGAAUCCUUGGACAAGAGAAAGAGCAUCCAGGAGAACUUGAGGGAAUCCUCUGAUCAUCCCAGAAAGUCUGAAGAAUCCUUCGAAUCCAUGGGUUGGACUAUCCAGAGACAGUGGGACUGGAGUAGCGAUGAGGAAGACUGUGAAGGACACUCCAUCUGCAUCACUGCCCUAGUGCACGCUGAAGCAGGCUUGUAUGACACCCUGGAAGAGGAGAAGGCAGAAGCAGACAUUAGGUCCCGGGAUGAUGCCAGUAAGGAGAGCAGACCUGUGGCCACGAAGACGGAAGCUGCUGCCCUUUGAUUCUCCCUUUCCUGCAAUGUGCUCCUCUCACGGGUCACA